AUGGAAUUUUCGGAAAAUCUCGAGUUAUUCAAAGUUUUCAAAUGUAUUCAUGUUAAAUAUACAACUGGUUUUUGUGGAAUUCUCGGGAUUAUUGCGACAAUUGCAGUUUUCGGGUUUGGAGUUGUGAUUUUUCCAUGGAAUUUAUACGAGACUGCAGUCAAUGUGACAGGUUAUUUGGUUACUGUAAUAUAAAUAGAAAACUUUGAAUAUUUUCAGCGAUGACUGCAUUUGCCUGUUUUCUUGUCGGUGGUGUCACUGUUCAUAUUCUAAUUCUUCACGGUCUUUAUGAAAUUCGUUUUCGUAGUAUGAUUCCAGCAAUUCUUUAUCAAUCUUUCCUAAUGUGCCUUAAUGCAAUAACAACAUUAAUUGCAAUUGGAGAACUUGUAUCUGAAAAUGAAUUAUCACCAAGAGAUGAAAAAAUGGCUCGAAUUGUGAUUUGUGUUUGUCCAACAAUUCUAGUUAUUCAAUCUCUAGUCUUGAUUAGUAUUGGAAAAUGUCGACUUUAUCUUCAAUGUAAACGAAGACAUAUUAGAAACGGAUUACCACCGGUGAACUAUUAAAUAUAUUUGAAUCAAAACUAUUAUUGAUUUAAUUUUCAGCCAGUUCGAGAAGUGAUUAUAAUUCCAACAAACAAGGUUUCACAUAUGGAAUUAUCUGUCGAUGAUUCGUAUGCGGUUGCAGAAACAAUGAUGCCAAAUUGA